AUGACAGCUGUAAAAAACUCCAAUACGCACGAUAGAUCUACAGCGGGUGAGCUGUGGUCCGACAAGUACAAACCUCAGUGCAUUUCUGAGAUGUGCUACACCGUUUUCGCGAACAAGCUGCUCUCGUGGUUGAAGAAUUUCGAUUCUGCUGGUGAAGGGGCUUCCAAAAAAACCCGCGCGGUUCUCCUUUCCGGACCUCCAGGCGUCGGUAAAACGACGACAGUCUACGUCGUCGCGCGGGAGGCCGGGCUCAGCGUGAUCGAAUACAAUGCUAGCGACUUUCGCAGCUCCAAAUCUCUCCGCGAGCACGUUUCCACGCUGAUCACCAAUCGCGCUUUCUCGAAAUCGGGCACUUCUUACACGAACGUCCUCCUUUUGAUGGAUGAGGUGGAUGGAUGUGAUGUGGGAGGAGUGGGUGAGGUGAUUGAGUUCAUCAAAACCACGCAAAUCCCGAUCGUCUGCACCUGUAAUGAUCGCUGGCAUCCCAAGUUGCGAUCUUUAGUCAACCAUGUAGAGGAUCUUCGCUUUACGCGUCCCCCUUGUAAUAUCGUGGCGAACUACAUUUAUGAUCGCAUCCUUGCGCGUGAGCAGAUCAGCCUUUCGAAAGCACUUUUGCAGGAUAUUAUUAAGCGCUCCGGGAGCGACAUUCGCAGCAUGCUGAAUAAUUUGCAAAUGUGGUGCCUUCGGCGCCGCGUUCUGAACGAGCGCGAGCUCGCAACCUACGCGGUGAAGAUGCAAAAAGACAACGACACGAGUAUUUUCGACAACGCGGAGUACUUUCUCCUCCAGGGCACCAGCCGCGGCGAGGUUCACACGAUCCACGAGAUGGCCCUGCGGUUCUACAACGCCGACCUGGUGGAUUUGUUUGUGCAGGAGAAUUACCUCCAUUUCAGCCCGUCUGAGGAGGGGUGGCUCCCCGCGGUCGCUCGCGCGGCGGAGUCGAUCUCGCGCGCCGAUCGCGCCCAGCGGAUGAUGUACGGGGAGCAGAAUUGGACGGUCUCGCGGGCCCACGCCCUUUUUUCCAGCAUCGCCCCCUGCGUUUACACGCGCGGGAAGUAUAAUUCCUUUUUGGACGGCCCGUCGGUUUUUUUCGACCGCCAGCGACCCGUGAAGUUCCCGACUUGGCUGGGCCAUUAUUCCACCCUGGGAAAGCACCGGCGGCUCCUGCGCUGUUUGACAACGCAGGCUCAAGGAGGGAUCAGCGGCAAUCAGGAGGACGUCCUCCUCGACUACAUCCCGCUCGGCUGGGAGCGCGGGCUUCUCCAGCCCCUUGCGGAAUUUCAAAAAGAUGGUAUCCCGCAGCUUAUUGCCUUUAUGGAUACCUAUAAACUCAUGCGAGACGAUGUCGACUUUGUGCAGGGGGCCGCGCAUUUUAAACGCAUGCGCGGCGCCUCGCGGAGUGGGUGCGAUGACCUUGCGAGGCGGAUUCCCACCGCCGUGAAGUCCGCCUUUACGCGGGAUUUUAAUCGAACGCAUCGCGUGGGAAGCUUCGCCAAGGCGGCUUUGCGGCAUAUCGACAAGGGGGGCGCCGGGACGCUCUCGAAUGACAGCAGCGACGACGACGAGAAGGCGGAGGGGCUUGGCGAGGGCGUCGUCGUAGGCGAUAAAAAAAAGCCGUCAAAGGCGGUAAAAGACAAUAAAAAAACAACCCUGACGACGAAAAGGAAGAUAACUGCCGCUGCGGAAAAGAAAGCCUCGGCAUCGACGAAUAGAACUUCACGCAAGAAGGCGGAGCCUAAACGGCGGGUUAAGAAAGCUCGUAAAAACAUAUCCAGUGAUGAAGACUCCUUUAUUGAAAGUGAUUCGGACGGUGAUGAAUAA